UCAAAUAUCCUCUUCAGACCAUCUUCCCCCGAGAAGAGGUGAGCAAGUGGACAAGCCUCGCAGAACUCAACCCCAUGAACGCCAGAGUUCUGCUCUCCCCUUAUCCUCUCGCUCCCAAGACUCCUUCCUCUCCUCUCUCCGUCUCCAGAAAGCCCUUUGCAUCUGAUGUGAAGCACAUAACCGCCCAUCCCUCCUUGCUAUGGCUGCGCUUACGUUCGCAUGCACCUCGCUUUCACGUCUCCGUCCAGAAUUCCGGCGAGAGAGGAGCUGGGAAAGUCUGGGAAGAUGUGAAAUCCGAGCCGUACGAUGUCCCGGAGUCCGUACCGGAACCGGUGAAGUUCGGGGAUGUAGUGGGCAACGUUAUCGGUGAGAAGGUGGAAUUGGAUAGUGUGCGCCCAUGGUGGAAAGAAUUCCCCAAGAGAUGGGUCAUUGUGCUUCUGUGCUUUUCUGCGUUUAUUCUCUGCAAUAUGGACAGAGUGAACAUGAGCAUUGCCAUACUUCCAAUGGCAGCUGAGUACAAAUGGAACACCGCCACUGUUGGCUUAAUACAGUCUUCUUUUUUCUGGGGAUACAUGCUUACUCAGAUUGCUGGUGGAAUAUGGGCAGACACAAUUGGGGGGAAGCCAGUAUUGGGAUUUGGCGUAGUUUGGUGGUCUAUUGCCACCGCUCUAACUCCUGUUGCUGCAAAACUUGGGUUGCCCUUUCUACUCGUUGUCCGGGCAUUCAUGGGUAUUGGUGAGGGUGUAGCUAUGCCGGCCAUGAAUAAUAUCAUGUCAAAAUGGAUUCCUGUAGCAGAGAGAAGUAGAUCAUUAUCACUGGUAUACAGUGGCAUGUACCUUGGAUCAGUCACUGGACUAGCCUUUUCACCCAUGCUAAUUCAUCAGUUUGGAUGGCCGUCAGUAUUUUACUCCUUUGGUUCAUUAGGCGCGAUCUGGUUCUCUGUUUGGCUUAGUAAGGCACACAGUUCACCUCUUGAUGAUCCUGACCUGCGGACUGAAGAAAAGAAGUUAAUUGUCACAAACAGCUUUUCCAAGAAACCUGUGAAAACUAUACCUUGGAGAUUAAUUUUGUCAAAAGCACCUGUUUGGGCUCUAAUAGUGUCUCAUUUCUGUCACAACUGGGGAACAUUUAUUCUUCUUACCUGGAUGCCAACAUACUACAACCAAGUCCUGAAGUUCAAUCUUACAGAAUCUGGUCUAUUUUGCGUUUUACCGUGGCUUACAAUGGCACUUGCUGCAAAUCUUGGGGGUUGGAUUGCAGACACUCUCGUAAGCAAGGGUUUAUCAGUUACAAGGGUUCGGAAGAUAAUGCAAACAAUUGGAUUUCUUGGCCCUGCUUUCUUCUUAACUCAGCUGAGCCGGAUAACUUCUCCUGCAAUGGCUGUUUUGUGUAUGACAUGCAGUCAGGCAACUGAUGCAUUCUCUCAGUCCGGUUUAUAUUCCAACCAUCAAGAUAUAGCCCCGCGAUAUUCAGGCAUAUUGCUUGGUCUAUCUAAUACUGCUGGAGUACUGGCUGGUGUUUUGGGAACAGCUGCUACAGGAUUUAUUCUCCAGCGUGGUUCCUGGGCCGAUGUAUUCAAGGUGUCAGUUGUGCUGUACUUGGUUGGAACUGUGGUGUGGAACCUUUUCUCAACUGGUGAAAAGAUCUUGGAUUAACUUGAAGUGUCCGACUGAUAUUGCUACAUGGUAACUGUGGAUGAGAUAAAAACUAAAUUCCCACGCAAGCGAGGAAUGAAACAACUACAAGUAUAAAAUGGUUGAAGUGGAAGCAACCUGUCUUACUGAGAAUUCAUGCCUGACAAAUCGAGCAUUGAGGUAAUUUUUGGAAAGCGGUUAGUUUAAUUUUCCAAGCACUUGAAAACUUAUUUAUAAGAUAUUUGAGCAUCACACGUUUGAUUUUUUUUUUUUAAACAAUAAUAUUAGGACAUAGAUAUUUUUGGUUUUUUUUUUUUUGGGCACAUUUCAUGCUCAACUUUUUUAGUUUACAAGUAUUUGGAAAGCCAGAAUAUUUACGUACCAAGGUGAAUUAGAAAGUGAAGGUUCUCUUUUGCUCUUGGGAGAUGAAUUGGCAUCAUUUGAAGUAUAAACCCUGGUGUUCUACCAGGGAAUAGACUUUAGAUUAUAGAACUAUUUUCCUCUUCCUCUAUUGUUCUUCCCUUUUUGUGUGGGAAGAUUGUGUUAGUUGGGUGAGUUAACAACACACAUGUAAAUAUAAUAUUCAACGAAACAAAAUCAAUUUUUGCGACGAAGCGGCAAACUACUCUAUGAUGUAAUAUUAUUCAUCAAGCUUCUCCCGCCUCCUCUUUCAUUUCCUAUCUGUCUGUCUUCUUUCUUUGGUCAAAUUAGUUGGUGACAUUACUGUUGCGGACUCUGUUGUGUUAUGAUAAUGGUCCUUUUUCUUUUGAAA